AUGAAGAACAGUGCAUUUAUACUAGAAUGGUGUUUCAACUCAUUGGCAUUUGCGUUUAGAUACCUAUCCCUGGAGCUUACAGGCGAUCUAUGGACUACGUUUGAGUCAUUCGAAACCUUAUUCAAGGAACGAAAGAAAGCUUACAUUGGGCGAUUUUGCGCAGAAGCUAUGUCUUACUUGAUCAGAAAACUGCCUCAAGAAAGUUUCUCGGCUUUUGUUGACACAUUCUUUAAUUAUAUGGCCGAAUCUGAUUUUCACGAGGAGUUUCUUGACAGUAUGGUGAGCCUUUUCGCCGAGGCAAUGAAAUUAGCCAAGGAAAACGUACAUUCAAAGUCAAUGAUGAUUUUAAAGACUUUAAUUGCUAAACUUAUUCCUGGGCAUAGAUCGAAUCCCACCUAUUUGCAGGUGGUCGCCAAAGUAAUAAUGGAUUUACUUCACCACGCUUCGCGUCCCAAUGGCUGCGACCUCAGUCAAAGGAUGUUUUCAGAAUUUCAUUCCCGUAUACUUAUAGCCAAUUCGGUCGAGACGCUUCAUCAUUUGCUUUUCCUUGUUCUGGCGAUUGUAUUUGUCGACAAUGGAGGAAAAUUGCGCUGGGAAAGCGACUCAGUUACAUUUCUUAAAGCAGUCGGAGACUUUUAUUCUGCUGUUACGAAGUCCCAGAAACUGGAAACUGAAGCUCAGCUCCUCUUGUCCCUAUUACUUAACUUGGUCGUCAGGAAUCUGGAUGUUACAAUCGGAGCUGCCCUUUUGAAACAUUUAUGGGAUGUGAUAGCUAAUGACACGGAGGUCUUAAGAGUAAGUAUAUUGGAGUUGUUGGGAGAUUUGCCAAACGAAAAGUACCAGGCUUUAGGUAUCGGGCGUCUUUUGCAGCAAACAAUCAAUGGGUUAGACCUGACAGCUGGCUUACAACGCCUUUCACUAUUAAUACUUAGAGAAGCUGGCUGCCAUAAUGGACAACUAAACCUGUUAUCUAUCCCUAGCUCGCUAAUGAAUCAGUUGCUAAUCGGCGUGAUCGAAGAUGCAAAUGAUCCAAGAAAAGAGUUAACAGACGUGGCAUGGAGAUGCGAAAUAUUCAAGCUUGGUACAGUGUCUAAUGGUUAUGAUCACACAAAAGCCUUUGAAGCUGCUGUCGCGGUCUAUCUGCGGUGGAAUGACGAAAGCGCUGCUGAUUUAUUAGGAUGCCUCAUCAACAUGUUCAUCAAAACCUGCAGUUCUUUUUCUAACCACGAUGAUGGAAAAAGUUUUUCAGACAUUGUCCGACAAACGAUCAGGUUUUGUGGCCGUUCAGUCACAUACGUAAAUUCGUUGCAUUCUUUCUUAUGCUACGCAUCCGAAAAAGCACCUGACAUCGCUCAAGAUAUACGUACUACGUGCGUCGAGAAUCUUUCGUCCCCUCAAAGGUCUCUUCGCCUUGCUAGCGUUAUCGUACUCCGUGAAGCACUCCCGAAUGAUGAUGCAAUAUUACAGCAGAUUACUGUCAUCGAUCAGGUUCCGUUGCAUGUCGGAAAUGCCUAUGAUGUGAAAAUGAGGAUCAAGAGUCUUUUUAAAUCCUUCUCCGAAAUGAAGCACUCCCUUUCCUCAAGACAAGUUAUGUCGCACUACGCGAUUGGUCUCUUGUGUAACAAAUUUCAGCCAUGUUGGGAAGCUGUUUUUGACGCUUUACGAUGUUCGCUGGAUAAGGCAUUAGAUAGCUAUGUCAGCUCCCUUCUUUUUCAGAUGGCUUUCCGCCCAUUGAAGACACAUGAAUUUGCUUUCGAAGGGGACGAGAAUGUUAAGGAAGACUGUGUUGCUCAUCUACUUACGAGACAGGACUGUAUUUUCAAGACUUACUCGAAACGAGUGGCUAACUCAGUCCCCUCUUCCAGAAAGCAGCUAAUGACCUGGGUCAAGGAUGCAUGGAUGACUGAACAGGAAAAGGUUGCAGUUGAUGCUCAAAUGAGGUCAAGAAUGGUGCGCUGCCUAGAAGAAGUUCCUCGUUUGGUGGAGGGAAAUGGCACUUUAGUACUUGAUCUUAUUUUUGAAGUAUUCUCAGAGAAACACCAGGGAUGGAGAGUUGAUGAUAAGAUUGCGAUUUUGAAAUUGGUUAGUCUGACCAAAUCAGCUAAGAACAGCGAUGGGGAGGCAAGGUUAAUGCUUCUUCUCUACAGUAUUUUGUCCUCGGGCCUUCCUAAACUUCAGGAAGCAGCUUUGAAAGCUAUCCUUUCACUCGAUUCUUCUUGCGUCCGCUACCGUGAUAAUCUAUCGAAUUUACUUGAUGAUAAGCUUUUUAAGGACGAGAUCUUGAACUUGUUGGGGGAGAAUUCCGAAAAUCGGAUACCAGAUGAAGAUCAGGACUCAAUAAUUCCACUCAUACUUCAUAUUCUUUUCGGAAAGGUACAAACUACGAGCCGCAAAAGCCAAAAAUCUAGCACCAAGUUUACAGUCGCUACGGUACUCCCUAACUUGGAAACACGUUUCAUCCAAGCCUUUUUGUCACAUAUGAGCGGCAGGAUCCCGUGGAAAAAGUUCUAUGAGGACGAUAGUCACUUUGAUGCGUAUUUCAACAACAUCAAAGUGAUGUCGGGCUACAUCCACAUGCUUACUGAGGUUUACGACUCCCUAGGAUAUAAGUAUGGGGAUAUUUUGGGCCAGACAUUAAGGCCACUCGUUUUCGUCCUUGUUUCUAUCCAAGCUCUUGUCGAAAAACACAGUGAAGAUUCGACAAGCAAUCUCAAAUACUUAAGACAGUCGGCAUUUAAAUGCCUUUCUACGUUUGAUAAGCUUGUCAGCAACGACUUUGAAUGGGGAGAAGUGCUUGACAUUCUUUUUCGUUUUGUCCUACAUCCACGGAUGAAAAACUUCGCUGUUGAAAAUACGGAACAAACAUCUUCCUUGUUAGAAUUCAUUUUGAACCGUGUGAACUGCUCUGGUUUCGUGGGAUUUUACGGACUAGAUGACUGGCUCCCGCUAAGGUCAGUCCUCACUCUAUUUGAAAGUGAGCAUUGCAAGGAAGAUGUUCUGGUGAAUCUAUUGGAUUUCUUCAUCACUGCGUUUACGAGAAGAUGCGAUGCCGACCUGCAGUAUUAUCAGUUUCUUGCAUUGAUUGUUGAUGGCUUGCUUAGCUCACUUCCUCGCUAUUUACAAGGGUCGAAAAGUCGGGAAAUUUUGUCCAGAUGUGCAACCCUAUUGCUUCUCAUGGUAGAGGGCCAGUAUUUGAAUAGGGAGAGCGAUAAACGUCUUUUUGUUGCUGCCUCAUGUUCUGCUUUACAAAAGUCUUCCUACUUCAUCCGUCUGGAAGAUAAGGUGAGUAUCUUGAUUUCAUUAUCGCUGAUGGUCGAGACUUUUGAACUCGAUUAUGAUGUUUUCAACGACCUCAUCCGAUCUUGCGCAAGGACACUUAGAUUUUCGAAAGAGAAAAAUAUGCGCAGGGGUGUUUCUAAUCUAUUGGAUGCGAUAGCUUUAAAAGAAAAGGCUUUGAAAGUGAGCUCUUCGAUCAUUCGUCUUCUUAAUGCUAACAUGUCCCAAAACUCAGAAUCUUUUGAUUUCGAUAAAGUCCUCGAUGGGUUUGAAUGUCUUAGCGAAAGUUAUUUCGAGUCUUGCUCAGUUGAUGUAUGGCUGUUGACAGUUUCAAAUUGUUUAUUUUUUAUGGAUAAUGAAGAGGAGAAUAUUUUGCGGUUGAGCGCAUGUUCUGCCAUCAAGAACCUCGUCACUUAUGUCUCUAGAGCACUGGCACAGCAUAUUGUGGCUGCCUUUGGUGGAUGUUUCGACGAUUUGAUUAAUCCUGCCAUUCGCCAUGGCUUAGCGAACCCUAACGAUGAAGUUAGAAAUGGCUACAUUGAGCUUUUAGGAUUUAUGGUACUGUUCAAUCAGUUAUUACCAAAAUUGAGUGAUUUGCAGACGUUGCUAUCAAACGAAGAUCGUCAGCGGGCUAUUCGUGGCCUUAUAGAGAAGAGGAGUGUUUUGUCUGCUUCCUCCGUGGAGAAUUAUCUCGUUCCAAUACUUGAGAAUUACAUUUUCUGUAAGGAGGAGAAGUUUCGCAAUCUUUCAGACGAUUCUCAAAAGGCUUUUGGGGCAUUAUCUUGCGUGCUAACUUGGAAUGCUUACAAGCGCUAUGUCAAGAAGUAUAUUUCCAUGUGCUCAACCAAAACUGAACUGACAAGGGAUGCUGUGAAAGUAACUGUACAAUUGAUUCAAAACUUAUAUUCGCAUUACAGUUCCGCGUCACAGGUUGAAAAAAGAUUACUAUCUGGCUCACCCGAACUGUCAACAGUGGUCAGUGAGUACAUUAUUAGCAGUGUUGUGCAUCCGAUAAAAAAGAUUCUUGCUUUUCGAGACGAUUCUACUAUUAUUACGAGACUUCCAUUGCUCGAAGCGUGUGUCUCGGCCUUGCUUAUUACGCUGGAGACUGUUAUCCUGGGUGAGCUUCCAGGUGUUCUUAUAAACACUUGCCAAGUCCUUCGUUCGAAAUCCCAGGAGUUAAGGGAUGGUUCUAGAAAGGCGCUUUGUAAAGCCUCUGAACAUUUAGGUCCCAAAUUUUUGAAAUAUAUCAUAAGGGAGCUCCAAGCAGCACUUUCACGAGGUUCUCAAAUUCAUGUGCUUAGCUAUACUCUCAAUGCCAUCCUAAAGGAGGUGAGCCCGUCAGCGGAAAUUGGUGAUUUUGACGAUAGUUCGACAAGUAUAGUGGGUAUCAUUAUGGAGGAUAUCUUUGGGGCGGCUGGCAAGGAUAAGGAUGCUGAAGGAUAUCAUAGUAAAAUGAAGGAAGUGAAGGCCAAGAAAAGCUUCGAAACAAUUGAACUUCUUUGUUCCAAGUUGAGCUUGAAUGAAUUUGAUUGUAUUCUCGGCCCAAUUAAAUCGCUUCUUAAGCAGUCCUUACCGAUGAAGACUGAAAAAGCGCUUGACGAAUUUCUCCGAAGAGUAUGCCAGGGUAUACUAAUCAAUGAAAAGGCCACGACAACAGAGGUUUUGGUGCUAUGUUAUGGGAUUCAUAAAUCCUCGCUUUUGGAUUCUGAAGAAAGAAGUGUCUCGAGGGUUUUCAAGAAGGAAGACGCUCAUUUUUUGGUCGAUCUCAAAACAAGAACGGAAACGGUCAAUGUUGACCGAGCGCAAUAUACUUACCAUUUGCAGAGAAUUGCUUUCGACAUAUUGAAGGCUGUUUUGGGAAGGAACCCACAACUCCUUACAGUGGAAAAUACUGAUGGAUUCAUACCAUUGAUGGCUGAAAGUUUGAAAUCAUCGCAUGAGCCAUUGCUUGGAGCGCUAUUGAGAGUCGCCAUAUUAAUUGUGAAACUAAAUUACGAAGCUGACCGUGACGACUUUUUUGAAUGCAUGGUUAAUAAGGCCAUCGAAAAUGUUCUAGAAAGCCCUUCUACGAGGUCGGAACUAUGUCAGCUAUCAUUAAAGUACAUCGCCAUGGCUUUAAGACAAGGUAAGGGCAGGAGUUGUACUGAUGAUGCCGUGCGUGCACUUAUAGUAAAACUAACACCGGACCUUGAGGAUCCCGAGCAGCAAAGUUUGGCAUUCAACUUCAUGAGGGCAGUGAUUUCUAAGCGGAUAUAUCUCGCAGAAGUUUACGAUGUUAUGGACAAAGUUCUACGCAUAAUGGUGGUGAACCAUUUCCAAGAAAUUAGAGAUAUUGCACGAGGAUUGUACUUCAAAUUCAUGCUUCUGUAUGAUCAAGGCGAGAAACGGUUGGAAAUGGCCUUCAAAUUCAUGGUCGAUAAUUUGACCUAUCCUACGGCAAGUGGCCGACAAUCAGUGAUGGAGCUUAUUCAUUCGAUCUUAUUGCGAUCCUCUGUAACUGUUGUUGACAAAACUGCUUCCAGCUUCUUUAUUGGUUUAGCGAACGUCGCAGUCUCAGAUGACCUGGGCAAAUGUCGAGAGAUGUCGAUAGCGUUGAUUAAGGAACUUUUCGACAAAGCUAGUUUGUCUAAAGUAAGAGUUUUUGAGAGACUUAUCGAGACCUGGCUAGCGAACUCCACCAAGGGGAUUUUGCGCAGAUGUGGUCUCAUUACUUACAAAGCUUAUCUUACUCAUUUUGGGGUAGGUAAUAAUAAGAGACUCGAUCUAUCAGCAUCUGAAUUGACGAGGACUUACCUUUUGUCGUCUCAAUUGAGCAGCAAUGAAAGUGGUGAAUGGGAGGAUGUUUAUUUGGCCCUUGAACUUCUGCGCCAAGUAUUUACCUGCGUUGGCAGACCACCAUGGAAUGAUUCUAGCGAGUUUUGGGAGGCAGUAUCAGAAUGCUUACUUUUUCCCCAUACUUGGGUUCGUUUACUUAGCUCGAGACUCGUCAAGAUCUAUAUCAUGCUGGUUAAAAGCGAGAAGAGAUCGAAUACUGAACUAUUGCAGAACAUUGCGUACCGUUCAUUGAGGCAACUUGCCGCCUCAGGUAUGACGGAAGCUUUGAGCGAAACGGCGGUCGAGAACAUCGAGACUAUAUUCACCUACUUCAUGGAUUACAACGUUUCUUACAUUGCUCAUGAGAGCCAUGUUCGGGAGGUUCCAGGCAUCACUUACAAUUUAGCCGAGGAUAUGGUAUUAUCUCGAAGCGUCUCAUUGCUUCGGAAAUGCCUUUCACCACAAUUUGAUCCUAUCAAUAGAAAGGCCGCAAUGACAUUAGUUGCCCGAAUCACUAGCCUUUUAUCUGGCGAGAGGCUUCACCAAUUCACACAGCAAGUCAUUACUUCGCUAACAGGUGCUCAAGAUUCACUGUUAGAGGGUGAUCUCAUGUUUGAAGAAUACUCAAAAUAUUUCUUUCAGACCGCUGAAGAGAAGCUUGGAACAGGACCAUACAGUAAAAUGGUAUCAGUUGCCAGAGCUGAAGUUUCCGUAAGAAGAGCGAAACGAAGAGCUGAUAAAGCCCAGCUCAUGAUAGACAACCCCCAAAAAGCUUCUGAAAGAAAGAGCAAAAAACAUGCUAGGUCCAGAGAAAAACGGAAAGAUAAUAAGGACGCAAAUGGCUACUACAAAGCUAAGAAGAGAAGAGUGGUAUAA